ACCCCCCGCCCGCACCCCCCAUGCGCUGCCCGGCCCGGGGGGGCCCCCCCGCCACGUGAGGGGGGGCAGGGCCGCCUCCCCUUUCCCCCCACCCCGGCCCCGCCGCCCCCAGCCCAGCCAUGAUGUUCCGGGACCAGGUGGGGAUCGUGGCCGGCUGGUUCCGGGGCUGGAGCGAGUGCGAGCAGACGGUGGCACUGCUGGCGCUGCUCAAGCGCGUCACCCGCACCCAGGCGCGCUUCCUGCAGCUCUGCCUCGAGCACUCGCUGGCCGACUGUCCUGACAUCCACCUGCUCGAGGCCGAGGCCAACAGCGCCGCUGCCAUCUCCCAGUGGCCGCAGGAGCCGGCCGAGGCGGCGGUGGCCCUGCUGCUGGCCCACCUUCCCCUGCUGCAGCCGGGCAACGCCGCCGCCAAGGCCGAGUACAUGAAGCGGCUGCAGAAGGUUCUGGCCGACGCCAUCGAGAGCAAUCGCUGCGUGGAGGAGUCGCGGCAGCUGCUCUCCUACGCCCUCAUCCACCCCGCCACCACCGCCGACGACCGCAGCGCGCUGGCCCUGUGGCUCGGCCACCUGGAGGAGCGGCUGGCCCCGGCCGGGCCCCCCCAGCGCCGGCCCCCCGCACACGAGUGGCCCCCCGAGCCCCCCGAGCCCGGGGGCAGCGGGACACAGGGAGGGGGGACCUGGGCAGAGCAGCACCCACCGGGAACGGCCCCGCGGGAGAACGGGCACCCCCCGUUCCAGACCCCCACAGCCCUGCCGUGCCAGCUGCACCCCAGCCCCCUGAAGCGCUCGCUGGCGCUGGUGCCCGGCAGCCCCCAGCCCGGCCCGGGUGGUGACUGGGGGGGCUCGGGGGGGCCCGAGGACCCCCCCACGGCACCCCGGGGACCCCCCCCGGCGUUCGGGGAGCACGCGCCGCUGUCCCCGCAGAGCAGCGUGGCCUCGUCGGGCAGCGAGCACACCGAGGAGCCCGGCGGGAGAAACUCCUUCCAGGAGGACGGCAGCGGCAUGAAGGAUGUCCCCUCGUGGCUGAAGAGCCUGCGGCUGCACAAGUACGCGGCGCUGUUCGCACAGAUGAGCUACGAGGAGAUGAUGACGCUGACAGAGCAUCACCUGGAGUCCCAGAACGUCACUAAAGGCGCUCGGCACAAGAUCGCCCUGAGCAUCCAGAAGCUGCGGGAGCGGCAGAGCGUCCUCAGGGCACUGGAGAAGGACAUCCUCGAGGGGGGCAACCUGUGGACGGCUCUGCAGGAGCUGCAGCAGAUCCUGGUCACCCCCAUCAAAGCCUUCCGGCCCCCCCCGGCCGCGCCCCCUCCCCCCGGACCCCCCGACGGGGCCCCCCCCGACGCCUUCGCGCCCCCCCCGGCCCCCGGGCCCGAGGCCGAGGCCCCCGCGGCGCCCGUCCCCGACGGGGACAUCCCGGGCCAGUUCACCCGGGUGAUGGGCAAGGUGUGCACCCAGCUCCUGGUGUCGCGGCCGGACGAGGAGAACAUCACCAGUUACCUCCAGCUGCUCGAGAAGUGCCUGAGCCAUGAGGCGUUCACGGAGACGCAGAAGAAGCGGCUCCAGUCCUGGAAGCAGCAGGUGCUGAAGCUGCUCCGCGCCUUCCCCAAGAAGGGGCCCCUGGACGGCCCCCCCGGAUACCGGCCCCCCAAAAGCUGGGCCUUCGGCUCCAACUCUCUCCCCAUAGCUGGCUCUGUGGGGGGGGGGGCGGCGGGGGGGGGGCCGCCCCUUCGCGCUGCCCCCCCGGGCCCUGCCCCCCCCCGCCCGCCUGGGGCUGCUGGGACCCCCCGGGGGGGCCCCGACCCCCAGAGCCCCCCUCGGAGCCCCCCCCUUGGGCACACAGGGACGGCAGAGCCCUUUGGUUCGGGGCCGGGGGGGGCGCGGGGGGGUCCCCGGGAGCCGCGGGGCCGUGCAGAGGACGCACUCCCUGCCCGUGCACAGCUCGGCCCUGCUCGCCUUCCCACAGGGUACGGGAAUGGGGACCCCGAAACGGGGAGGGGACCCCAAAACGGGAACGGGGGACCCUGAAACAGGAACGGGGAC